AAUAAAUAUAUUCAUUCAAAAAUUGUUUUAGAUGAAUAACAUUUAGUGUUUACAUGGAAUAUUUAUUUAACAAAGCAUUGCAUACUGCAUAAAUAAAGCCUUGUUCAUAUAGAUAUAUACUUAUUUAUUUAUACAUUUUUUUAAACAAUAACUUAUAUUUGACAGAUUAAGUUUUUUAAAGAAUAUUCUCUCCAUUGCAAACUAUAUUUUAAAAUAGAAUGUGAGCAUCAAAAAAUACUAUGUAUAUUUGAAAAUUUGUUUUCGACAAACAUAAAUGUUGGAUACUACUAAGUUUAUUCAACAGAAGGUCAGCUAUUUACAAAUUUAAGAGAAUUGGAAAUGGUCAGGUUUGCCUACUCAUAUGAAUGAAUUUAGAACUAACCGGUGCCCAUGGGAACCCAAUCAUAAACAGACCUCUAGCUGACAAGAUGUAUGAGAAAGAUCGAACACUAUUGCUUGUCGCCACAGCCUCAGCACUUCCCAACAAUUUGAGUUGUAAAUUGCUUGACCCUUCACGUAUAUCAGAAGCAGUGGGUGUUAUACAUGGCGGCUACAUUAACGUUAUUCCUUUUAGGUCAGUCGACUCCACAUCUCAGUAUAUUCCUUGUACAGAUAGUGCAGAGAGAUAUUCUGCCACUGUCCAUCAGGUGUUGUGGUGCUAUUUGAACUUCGAAGCUUGUUUAGUGGUUGCCUCAAAUGUCGGGAUUACAAGUAUUCGACUGCUCUUCUCUCAGCCUUCGCUUCUCUCAUCCCUGUAAAGAUUCUCCUGGAGGCAGAGAGCACUUUGCACGUGGAUUGGCUAAUCCUCCUGGAGACUACCUCUGCGUGGGAAAUAACAGUGGAGUAGUGAGACUUUUUGGAAUGAGUGAUGAUGGCGGCAUGAUAUUCAUCGAUAGGAAGCAGGCUCACUCUUCACCAAUAGCAGACUUGGCAUGCUCUAAAGAAAUGAUGGCAUCUUGUGACGAUGGUGGAAUAAUCGUAUUAUGGUCGAUCACUCCUGAUGAAAUGAUUCAAUGGGCUGAGAUCACAAGUUAUGGAUCUGCAUGUACCAGUGUUGAAGUAUGGCGGGGACUAGUGGUCGCUGCCUACGGUUCUGGUCACAUAAGAGUCUUCUCUGUAGAUCAUCGAAGAAGGGAGGUAACUUUAUCUAUUGAAAUUGCAGCACAUGCUAAAUGGAUCACCGCAUUGGAUAUUGCCCCAGAGUCCGGUUUAGUUUUGUCAGUUUCAGAGGAUUCGUUUGCAAAAGUUUGGCAAAUAUCAGGAACUCAAGAUAAUGUAGUCGUAGUUCACAGGUUUUCUUCCCAAGUAAAGGAUUGCAUGCUUGUUGGAGGAAGAUUUCUUACCCUCUCUGGUUCCUUAUUUGCUGUGUCUAUUUAUGACAGUAAUUUAGUUCAGUGUUUUAAGAUGUGAUUAAACUUCCAAAUAAAAUAAUUUUUAAAACUAUU